CGAAGGCUGCAAGAAUUCGAGGCUCGAUGCCUGCGCUUCGCAUCCCUUCGAAACACUCUACGACAUGGCGUAGCAGCCGGCGCGCCUUGAAGCAAGUCACUGCCCUUAUUACCCGUCUUCGAUGCCAGACGCGCCCACGCCCCGCCGCACGCGGGCCUCCACAGCCGCGACCCCAAAACCCACCAUCCCGCUCAACGCUCGCGGACCCAUCACGGCGCCCCAUCACAGCUGGUUCACGAGUCCAGCGCGGUCGCAUUCGAAUUACGGACAGGGGAAGGAGCUCCCGCUGCAUUUGAUCCAAUUAAUACUCGAAUACCUCGACGAUGCCGGCGACCUCGCGCGUAUCACGCGCACCUCGCGCCUCUUCUACUACAUGGCCCUGCCGCGGCUCUACGAAGAGGUUACGCUGCGCUCUUAUUCCGAAAUACGCUAUGUCGACGGCAGGCCGGAGGGCUACGGCAAUGGGAGCCCCUUCGCCAUGGGGCUCAAUACCCUCGUGUCGCGGACGUUCGCGGAAUACGUGCAGAUGUUCAGGGUGAUCGGCGACUGGCGGGAGCACGACGUGGACGACUACUCCAAGGGCAGGGUGCCGGACAACAGCAUGAUGCUGCAGAUAGCCAUACGCGCGGCCAUGGACCGGAUGAAGAACCUCAGGGCUUUCGCCUGGGAGCUGAACACUAAGCCAUUACAGACCGUCUACGAAGGACUCAUGCACAAGCCGUCGCUGACCUCGCUCACGCUCCGCUGUCCGGCGAGACGAAUACCGCGACCCACGACAGUAAUACCGCCCCUUCCGAACCUCCAAACUCUCAUAGUCUACGACAUAGACCCACUGUGCUAUCCCGACAACAUAUCGCUGCUGCUGCUCGCCUCAAAGAAGCUCGAGAACCUAAAACUGCACUGGAGUCCGCGCAUGCGAGAGAAUGCUGAAGAGUCCGUCAACCUCCUCAACUACUUCGGCCGCUGUCUUACCGCCAAACACACCAUACCCUUAAGACGCAUGGCCUUGUACAACCUAUAUACGCGCAACCAGGGGGAGGGCUUUGAGCACGUCUCGGAUCAUUCCGUGAUAGAAGAAAUCACCAUCAUCAACUGCAUGGGCUCUUCAGACCCGAUGACAGUCUUCCUAGACGACACGUGGAGGGUAAACGCCAAUCACCCUAUACCUCACAACCUAAAGAUGAUGCGAUGCGAUCAGACGGAUAAAGAACACGUUACCAUGCUGGCCAGAUUUCGAGGGCUCGAGCGCCUGUACCUCAUCAGCAGGUCCAGAAGCUCGAAGCCGAGCAGCACAGCGGUUACGCCGAUAACGCCGUCCGCGAGUACUACACCGGCCACGAACGGCAACGGCAGCAGCGCAAACGGCACUCCGGUCACAGAACAUCAGUGCAAGAGCCUCGCAGGUGACUACCUCGCCGUCAUCCAGUCCAACCACCGCACGAUGCGCCACCUCCUCCUCUCGGACCAAUGGCGGCUCAGCGACGACACCGUGUACAAAAUCUGCCAAACCUGUCCGCAUCUCGAACAGCUGGGUUGCGCCUGGGCCGUCCCGCCCCUCGAAUCGCUCCGCCAGAUCAUUGCCCUCCUCCCCAAGCUCUACGCCAUCCGCUUCCUCAUGCGCCCGAACUCGGAACUCGCCGAGAAGUUCGAAAGCAUUGACAUGGAGAUGCACCAGUUCGCGCUGGGCACCGAGCUCUGGCGGCCCGAGUACAAGAAUCUGAGGUACUUUGGCUUUGGAGACAAGUUUGUGUUUCGGCUAGGAGACGUUGUGUAUCCGCCCAAGGGGAAGGAGAAUUUGCCGCCGGGGCAGGAGAAUUCAAUGAUUGCAAGGAGGGUGGGGCCGGUUAGGAGGCUUGAGAGGGUGGGGUGGGAGGCGGUUAGGCAUAUCGAGAUCUGGGGGAUGGACUCUACGGAGUUUGAGGCGCGGUUUCCGUGAUGAGGCUAUGAUGGGAUCUUGGGCUCUGGACGGGAGGCAUUGGUCAAAAGCGGUGUACUUGUGUUUUAUUGUGCGAUAGCGCAUAGGCCGGAGGGAGUUGUGUAUGAUAGGGUGUACAGUGCCCAGAUCUGAAGCAUUCAACGGUUCGUUCGGAGCUAGGUAUCUAGCUAUAUCAG